GGUGUGUUUAUACACAUAAUGCAUGACUGUGUGUAUGACUGUAUGUAUAACUGUUAUACAUGUAUAGCAUUGCCUUUUAAUCGUCACAUUCAUCGUUGCAUUGGAUAAAGUGAGAGAAGUUGAAGACAGAAGAGACAUACAGACCAACAGCUCAUAUACUUGUGUUAUCGUUGCCUUUGUUUUCACAUUAAAUCAAGAAUUUAAGUCAUGUCGUCAGUUGGAUCGCCUAAGAAGUUAUUGAAUGGCAGAGAGAUACCGACCCGAAAGAUUGUGGUCAACGAUUUAAGUCAAUUACCGUUCGACUACUCGACCACUCCGGGUGGCACCUGGUUCUCAACCACACCGGGAGGUACCCGAAUUGUUUACGACCGGUCCUAUUUGAUGCACCUUCGUAAUAGUCCAAUGGCCAGAUCUCCACCCAAAAAUUUACCGUCAAUUCCCGGCGUUACCUCACCGGCCACAACUAAAGACAAUAAUCGAAGAGCACCGGGUGUUCGCGGUUUUAGUCCUACAUCUACUACACCAUUAGAAACAUGUGUCGAGGAGAAGUCGAUGGUAUCGAAAGCAACAACAGGUGUUUCGCGUACCGGUGCUUCCGAUGAACCACAGUUUGAUAUGGAUAUGUAAUUACCGGUACUAAUUAAACUGCCAUUUAAUGUAAGACUAUAUAAAACCCAUAUAUAAAUCAACAUACAAACUAAAUAAGCGAUAUUUGCCAAUAAUUUUGUUUUUUUGUAAUUUUAUUGAACGAUGUAUGUCUUUAAUAAGCUAAAUGACUUAUUUUAUUUACAAAUUUAUAUAUAUCUAAAUAUAAUUUUUUUAAUACAAUUUUUAAUAUCAAUCUAUGUUUUAUGGCAAUUUGAUGAAAUAAUUUUAAUUUGAAAAUUUAUACUUUUAAUAACGAUGAGUUAUAUACAUACAUAAGUGCCAUUUUUGAAUAAAUAUGUGAUCAAAAACAAGAUUAGGUAUUUUUUUAAAUUAUUAAACAUCAUUAGAUCUUUUAAAUGUUACAUUAUUAACACAGGUAUGAAAAUAUAUUAUUAUAAAUAAGUAUUUGUAACAAUUGCUAAAAUGUAUUUUAUAUGAAGUUUAUAUAAAUUUAUGAUAAUAUAUGU